AUGCCUUUCAAUACUUUCUCGGUCGCGACCGCGGUCACACCAUCUGUCAUAGAAACAUACUUGUCGCAUUACUUCAAUCGCGGUCCUCUCCGUCAGAAACCCACUGCACACAUCUCCUAUCAUGAAGGUCUGCGCCUGAUCCGGAGAUUCCUCGAAUAUGCAUCCCUUCACACUAUCGAGGACAUUCAAGGUUUCACUGCCCAAUGGGUGCCAGCACCGACAUGGUGUCGCAUUCAGUCGUGCGAAAUUCCACCUCAAUUCUUGGAUCGAUCUGCAAAAGUCCUUCGCUCACAGCUGGGAAGCCUGGGAGUACGAUUGGUAGGAGGAGAAAAGUGGUGGCAAUGGAGGAGACCAGAAACACCCUUACACGCGGAGUGGAUUGAGAUGAAGAAGGAUUUCAAUGAACGCAAACGCGCCGGAUUGAAGUGCGAUCGUGUGAUACUUUACGUCCACGGAGGCGCCUACUAUUUUGGAUCGGUCGACGAGCAUCGCUACCAGAUGCAGCGUCACGCGCGUAAGCUCAAAACCCGAGUUCUCGCUCCUCGAUACCGUUUGUCGCCACAGUUCCCUUUCCCGUGUGGUCUCCAUGACUGCAUCGCAACCUACUUCUAUCUGCUCGAGCACUUUCCGCCAAACCAGAUCUUGUUCGCUGGCGACUCUGCCGGUGGCGGAAUGGUCAUCUCCAUGCUCGUUACCCUACGUGAUCAAGGGCUGCCCCUUCCUGCUGGUGCCAUGUUGUUGUCACCGUGGGUCGACUUGACCCACUCUUUUCCAUCUGUCGCCGGUGAAGGACUCCUUGACUAUAUCCCGCCCGCAGGGUUCCACCACAAGCCCUCUCUGGCAUGGCCACCGCCACCCACCGAGCCAAUGCAGAGGAAAUUCACCCAGCCCAUCGAGCAAGCGUUUGACGUGGUGGAGCUUCCAGCAGCCAACGAUCUGGACCUUCGCACCCCUAUGAACCGGAACAUGACUCCGGGCCUCGGGGACAAGAUCGAAAUCGAGAUCGAUGGCAAGAAGGUGUUGAUCACGGAACAAAUCCAGAUGUACGCCAAAAAUGAGCUUCUCGCUCAUCCUCUGGUCUCACCGGUGCAGCAGCCAUCUUUAGGUGGUCUCCCGCCUCUGCUGAUUCAAGUCGGCGGCGGUGAGAUAUUGCGAGACGAGCAAAUUUAUCUCGCGCAUAAGGCCGCAGACCCAAAGAACUAUCCUCCUUGCGAUGCCAUCCUUGAUGAUUACGAUCCCCGUCGUAUGACACUCAAGCGAUAUCCUCCAACAAACGUCCAGCUUCAAGUGUGGGAGGAUUUGUGUCACGUCCCGCAUACUCUGUCAUUCACACGACCAGCUAAGCACAUGUACCGUUCUGUUGCUCAAUUCGGCGCCUGGGCAUUGGCACACGCCCAAAACAAAAGUAUCGACAUUCCCGAUGAUGACGCUAUCUCAGUAAUCAGUACUCAGUCCACUAAUAGUAAUGCAAGCAAGAGGAAUGUUAGAGUCGGGACUUUUGGCAGUAUCGGCGACGAUGGCGUCACAUCGACUCAAUUAGUGCUAGAGUCGAUCGGGGCUGUAGGCAGGGCUGGAGAUGAGCUACCACCAUUUGAAGAUAACAUGAUCAGGCAACGAGUGAACCGACACGGUCUCAUCUUCCCGCUGCCACAUCAAUCCGAGAUCGCCAGUCUUCAUCUAGACCCCGCUACGAUUGGUGCCAUCAAGCCAGGUCCUGUGCGCAAGUGGCUGGCUAAGCGCGCCGAAAUGGACAAGAAGUUUGAGAAGGAGUAUAAGAAGGUGCAAAAGAAACGCGAAAAGGAAGCCGCGCUAGGCUACGAUCCUAUCGAGGAAGGAGAAGAGCCACCAUUGACGGCUCUCUACCGUCGAAGAAAGCGGGGCACCGGCCCAGAGGAGAAGAAGAAGGACAAGAAAGGCUGGGGUCUCGCCUUGUGGAGUGGUUGGGGUAGCUCUCACGAUGAAGACACCCUCGACAGGGAG